GGGACACACCGGAAGUGCUACGUUCACCGUGUGGAAGAAGCGGCUUCUCUUUGUAAAUUCACUUCUGCUUUGAUCAUUUCUGUGGUCGGCCGACUCCUGCACCAUGACAGACCGGUACAACAUCCACAGUCAGCUGGAGCACCUGCAGUCCAAGUACAUCGGCACCGGACACGCCGACACCAGCAAGUGGGAGUGGCUCGUGAACCAGCACCGAGACUCGUACUGCUCCUACAUGGGACAUUUCGAUUUACUCAACUACUUUUCUGUGGCCGAGAACGAGACCAAGGCGCGAGUUCGCUUCAAUCUAAUGGAGAAGAUGCUCCAGCCGUGCGGGCCGCCGGCGGACAAACCAGACGACGCCUAGUUUCAACGGCCUCAGUGUCCACGGAGGAUGUGUUGGUUUUGCUGGACAAUGUUUGACCACUCCUAAACUCAAACACAAUUUUCAAGAGCCCGAAUCAGGUUGUUUUUGUUUGUUUUUUUUAUCUCUGUUCUAAUGUCGUUUCCUCGUCACACACAGACCUGGAGUUGUGUUUUUGUUUCAUUCUCACACGUUUAACACACAAACCUGCAGAUUUAGGCUGAGAAAACGCUCUGUUCCACCUUGUGAUGUCAUCGUGUGGUGAUACAGGAAGUGCUCCGCUGUGUUUUUAAACUCCACACACCUUCAUUUCUAGAAUCAUUUGGAUCAUUUCAGCCAAUCUGGAAUUUCAAAUCUCGACUGAACUAAAGGUAAAAGGAGCUGUUCACUUGAAAAAAAACUACCACGUCAUGACAUCACAAGGUGGAACGGAGCAUUUUGAGCUUUGGGGAUGUUACAGACUGAUAAUAAAGUGUGACUCGUGAAACAAACACAGCUCCAGGUCUGUUUUUGAGGAGGUUGCAGCUUUAUAACGCGACUUAAAGCUCAUAAGAGUCUAUUUUGUGUAACGUUGGACCUUUUUAAAGGGGCCAGAUCUGUACAGAUAUUUUAUGGUGAAGGUUAAACUGUUUUAACAUCGUCAUUAUUCAUUUUCAAGUGUGAAUCAUAAAAUCUGUACAGCUAUAGGACCUUGUAUCUCAGGAUGUUUUUGUAUCACUUUUUCCACUUAAUUAAAUGCAGCCUUGAAAUUAAAAUGUAAUUAACAUCCCUGUUUUCUUUCUGCAAAUGUGAACGUUCAGAAUUCAGUGGAGUUGGGACGAGAUACGAUGACAUUUUGACGUGAUUUGUAAUAAAUAAAUUGUGUGGUUAAGGUC